ACCGCCAGCCACUCUAACCGCCACAGCUACUUUCUCCUUCUUCUCCUCUUCUUUAAACACUGAACCAGUAGAAUACAGCCCCUGUGUCUCUCGUUCGCAGAACAAAGCAAGCUCAAGCUCCACCACCGCUGCGCCUCUCUCUCCUUUUAUCCCCUUCAGUUCUGGCUCGCAUACCUUCGCGCAAGCCCUAGCUCCGUGGCGACCAAAAUCGGUUCCACCGUCAGCCGCGGUUCCACCUCUCUCUUGCCCCCUGUUCGAACCGAUAUGGUGCGUGAACUAGGGUUUUGGUUUUGUGGCAGUGGUUGUUCAUCGGAGAGCCACUGGCGAUGCUCCUAUUCUCAAGCAUUCUAAAUUCAAGUAUUAGUUUGGGAGGGAACUUGACAAUGGUGGAUCUUCCUGGUAUAACUAGGGUUCCUGUUCAUGGCCAGCCUGAAAAUAUCUAUGAUCAGAUCAAGGAUAUUAUCAUGGAGUAUAUUAGGCCUGAAGAGAGCAUUAUUCUGAAUGUUCUUUCUGCUACCGUUGAUUUUACUACUUGUGAAUCCAUAAGAAUGUCUCCAUCUGUGGAUAAAACUGGUUUGAGAACCUUGGCUGUUGUAACAAAGGCUGAUAAGUCUCCUGAAGGCUUGUUGGAGAAGAGGCUAGUUCAAGUUCAAGGCAUGAUCAUAUCCAAAACUCUGCCCGAAAUUGUGAAGAAAAUCAAUGAGAAGCUGACUUAAUUUCACCAAGAUGCUCAACCAGAA